CAUUUUGAUGUUGUCAAAAACUGAAUUGUCACUCUUGUAAUUUCUGAACAUUCUUCAUUUGUGUUACGAACAGAAAAUAUGACUGCUGUUGAAGUUGAUAGGGAAAAAAGUCUUCAAGACUAUCGCAAGAAGCUUCUUGAGCAUAAAGAAGUUGAAUCCCGAUUAAAAGAAAUGAGAGAACAACUUAAAGACUUAACAAAGCAGUACGAUAAAUCUGAAAACGACUUAAAAGCAUUACAAAGUGUGGGGCAAAUAGUUGGAGAAGUUCUCAAACAAUUAACAGAAGAGAAGUUUAUUGUGAAAGCAACAAAUGGUCCGAGAUAUGUAGUUGGAUGUAGGCGCCAAUUAGAUAAAACUAAAUUAAAAGCAGGAACAAGAGUUGCUUUGGAUAUGACUACUUUAACAAUAAUGAGAUAUUUACCAAGAGAAGUUGAUCCGUUGGUUUAUAAUAUGAGUCAUGAGGAUCCUGGAAAUGUUACAUAUUCAGCUAUUGGUGGCUUAUCAGAACAAAUUCGCGAAUUACGUGAAGUUAUUGAAUUACCUCUGAUGAAUCCUGAGUUGUUUAUGAGAGUUGGAAUAACACCACCAAAAGGUUGUUUAUUGUAUGGCCCACCCGGAACUGGUAAAACGUUGUUAGCACGUGCUGUGGCUUCUCAAUUAGAUGCAAAUUUCUUAAAAGUUGUAUCCAGCGCAAUCGUUGAUAAAUAUAUUGGAGAAUCUGCGAGAUUAAUUCGUGAAAUGUUUAAUUAUGCUAAAGAUCACCAACCAUGUAUUAUUUUUAUGGAUGAGAUUGAUGCUAUUGGUGGUAGAAGAUUUUCUGAAGGAACAUCAGCCGAUCGUGAAAUUCAAAGAACUUUAAUGGAAUUAUUAAAUCAAAUGGACGGUUUUGAUUCCUUGGGGCAAGUAAAAAUGAUAAUGGCAACCAAUCGUCCUGAUACUUUAGAUCCAGCUUUAUUACGUCCAGGUCGUUUAGAUCGUAAAAUCGAAAUUCCACUUCCUAACGAACAAGCUAGAUUGGAAAUUUUAAAAAUUCACGCUGGUCCAAUUGCAAAACAUGGCGAAAUUGAUUAUGAAGCUAUCGUUAAAUUAUCUGAUACUUUUAAUGGUGCAGAUUUAAGGAAUGUAUGUACUGAAGCUGGAUUAUUUGCCAUUCGAGCAGAACGUGAAUAUGUUGUUCAAGAAGAUUUUAUGAAAGCUGUUAGAAAAGUUGCUGAUAAUAAAAAAUUGGAGAGUAAAUUGGAUUAUAAACCAGUAUAAAACUGUUUAUUAUAAAUAUUUAUGUAAUAAUUCAA